UGCAAAAGGAAUUACUUUUUCAAAUUGGUCCCAGUUUAUAUUGAAGUAAAUUCUUCCACGCAGUUUCACUACCUCCACAUUUUUGCCAAAUUUUUCCUUGCAUUCGUCAAUCGCCUCCCAUUCAAAGCCUAUCAUCAAUCGGACAAUUCAAUUUAAAUUAUAUUAAAAAAAAAGACGUGCUUUUGUAAACAAUACCUGUGUCCACAGUACUUCCAAUCGUAAAAAUAUUGUCAUCAUAAUUAAGAGACUUCGAAAAGAGCUCUUCCAAAGAUUUAUGGUCGCUCAUGAUAAGAUCUUCUUCUGCAUAAAUAAAUAUAUGUAUUUAUUUAUUUAUUUAUUUAUACAAAUUCCAAGAAACAAAUGUUGCCUGAGUUCAGCUCAGAACACGAGUCUAUCGAAGUGAUCACGUGACUGCUCUGCGCAGAACGCAGCUACGAUCUGCACAUGGGCGGUAAAAUAGUGGGAGCGCGCGUGACGUCGUAGCACAUCUGUUUGGUAUCAUCGAAUGCACGAGGUUUCUGCGAGAAAUCUACAGAGAGGUUAUUUUAAAAAGCACAAUUUUUUUACUUCGAAGAGUGCCAUGAAAGUAAAGAACAAUUUACGAAAAAAUCCCUUCAAUCGACCUAAACGGCAGGUCGACGAGACGAAAGAUGAGGUCGAAGAGGAGACGAAACCAGAGGUGUUGCUGCCUUCUGAGCACAAUUUCAAUCAUAUUAAGUGCAAAGCUGUGAGGUACAAAAAAUGCCAGGAGCUGAUGAAGGAGAAGGUGAAGGCGAAGAAAGCGGCCAAGAAGGCGAGGAUCAGCGAAGGUGCUCCUAAACAGGUUCCCCACACCAUAGAGAGUCUGCGAGAGAAGGAUGAGACUAUGAUUGUGUCUGCUGAUUUGAAUGAUGAGGCGAAUCAGGAGCUGAAAGUUGAAUGCGAGCAUGACGAGUUCUCUGCGUACUAUAAGCAGGAUUAUGAGCCUAAGGUUCUUAUCACCUAUGCUGACAAUCCUAAUAGGAAGACCAGAAUUUUCGGCAGAGAGCUCACUAGGAUAAUACCUAACUCCUUGUCGCUGUACAGAAAUCGUUCUGGCGUUAAGAAGAUUGUGAAAAGCGCGACUGCCAGGAAUUUUACAGAUGUAGUCAUAGUUAACGAAGACCAAUGCAAGCCAAAUGGAAUGUUAAUUAUACACCUGCCAGAUGGUCCUACUGCGCACUUCAAGCUCAGUAAUGUCAAAAUAACAACAGAAUUGAAGCGAAACCACAAAGAAAUCACAGAACACAGGCCAGAAGUUAUUCUAAAUAACUUUACCACACGAUUAGGAUUUACUAUUGGUCGAAUGCUGGGUGCAUUGUUUCAUUAUCAGCCACAAUUUAAAGGAAGGAGAGCUGUGACGUUUCAUAAUCAGAGAGAUUAUAUAUUUUUCAGACAUCAUAGGUACGAAUUCAAUCUCAAAACAGGAAAACCAAAAUUACGAGAAUUGGGGCCACGAUUUACUUUGAAGUUAAGAUCAUUGCAGCAUGGAACGUUUGACAGUAAAUAUGGUGAUUAUGAAUGGAUUAUACAGGGUCGCAGACAUGAUAUGGAGACAAGCAGAAGAAAAUUUUUCUUGUGAAUAUCGAAAAAAUCGAUUACGAUUAUAUGUCAAACAAAUCAAUUUUGUCAAUUAGUUUAUAUAAAAAAAUAAAAAAAGAUCACAAAUAAUA